AUGUUUAGAAGUAAAAUAAGAAUACACACAUGCCGAAUUAUCCUCCUUACAUCUCUUGUGUGGUUGUUAGUUGAUGUUGCAAUAUUAACUUUUUAUUCCGACUGUUUUGGUGAUGGUUGCAACAAGAAAACAACAAACGAUUAUGGAUUAAGGGAUGUAGAAGAAUUAAGAGGCAAAAAGGCUGCGAUAGCUGCUGGAUUACAUAGAGAUGUAGGUGAUGAUGACACAAAUCUGGAGGAGAAUGAGGUAGAACCAGAAGUUGGUGAUGAUGGGUUAAAUUUGCCCUCAUAUCCCAGAUCUAGACUUAAGAAGUGGAAGCCUUCUCCACAAAUAAAACCUCAAGGAGACUUACCAGGAGAAAUGGGUAAACCAGUAAACAUUCCAAUAGAACAGGAAAAGAUAAUGCUGGAGAAAUUUCAGGAAAAUCAAUUUAAUUUAAUGGCUAGUGACAUGAUCUCGUAUAAUAGGUCAUUGACUGAUGUUAGAUUUGAAAAGUGUAAAGAUAAGCCAUAUCCACAAUUACUGCCAACAACAAGUGUUGUGAUAGUUUUUCAUAAUGAAGCAUGGUCUACACUGAUAAGAACUAUAUGGAGUACAAUAAAUAGAUCACCGCGGCCACUUUUGAAGGAAAUUAUAUUGGUUGAUGAUGCUAGUGAGAAAGAACAUUUAGGCAAGAAACUAGAAGAGUAUAUUAAAACACUACCGGUGCCGACGCAUUUGUUUCGUACGGAGAAUCGUUCGGGUCUGAUUCGCGCGCGACUCCUCGGCGCGAAACACGUGAAAGGUGACGUCAUCACCUUCUUGGACGCUCAUUGCGAGUGUACAGAGGGUUGGUUAGAGCCGCUCCUCGCGAGGAUCGUUGAAGACAGAACUACAGUUGUAUGUCCGAUCAUUGAUGUAAUUUCGGACUCAACAUUCGAGUACAUUCAAGCUUCGGAUAUGACGUGGGGCGGUUUUAAUUGGAAACUCAACUUCAGAUGGUACCGCGUACCAGAACGGGAAAUGGCGAGAAGAGGGGGCGACCGAACAGCUCCCUUACGCACGCCUACAAUGGCUGGUGGCCUAUUUGCCAUCGACAGGGACUAUUUCUACAAAAUCGGCUCUUACGACCAGGGUAUGGACAUCUGGGGUGGAGAGAACUUGGAGAUGAGCUUCAGGGUGUGGCAGUGCGGCGGGCGCCUUGAAAUAGUGCCUUGCUCUCACGUCGGCCACGUGUUUCGUGAUAAAUCGCCGUACUCAUUCCCCGGUGGAGUUCAAAACGUGGUCCUCCAUAACGCGGCAAGAGUUGCCGAAGUGUGGAUGGACGAAUGGGGAGAGUUCUAUUACGCCAUGAAUCCAGGUGCCUUGAACGUGCCUGUCGGUGACGUCACUGAACGGAAGGCUUUGCGGGAGAACCUGAAAUGCAAGAGCUUCAGAUGGUACCUGGAGAAUAUUUACCCGGAGAGUCAGAUGCCUCUUGAAUAUUAUUAUUUGGGAGAGAUUCGAAACGCUGAAACGUCUAAUUGCCUUGACACACUGGGCGGAAAAGCUGGACAGCCUCUGGGAAUGGGAUACUGUCAUGGAAUGGGUGGGAAUCAGGUGUUCGCAUAUACAAAACGCAAGCAGAUUAUGUCUGAUGACAAUUGCCUUGAUGCAGCUCACCCAAAGGGUCCAAUUAAGCUAAUCCGGUGUCAUGGGAUGCGAGGAAACCAGGAGUGGACUUAUGACGCUAAGUUGCGCACGAUAAAGCACUCCAACACUGGUAUGUGCCUUACAAAGCCCGAGUCGGCGGAUGUAUGGAAGCCGGUCCUGAGGGCGUGUGAUAAGUCAAGGGGACAACAAUGGCUGAUGCAACUUGACUUCAAGUGGCAAGCCCGUCGCAGCUAG